AUGAAAGAACACAUCCUAUGUCAGAGGCUUUAUGGAUUGAUUCUUAUGCUGAGUUUUAUCUUUCUCUCAGAUGCACUUUCACUAAAAGGAAAGAGACUGGAUUUUUAUGGAAGAACUGACACGUACGUGAGGCUGACCAACACGGUUCCGGAGCUCAGUCGAUUCACAGCAUGCAUUGACCUGGUGUUCGUGGAUGACAAAUCAAGUGAUUGGACGGCCUUCUCCUAUGUUACUAAUAACACCUUCCUGGGCAGAGAAGACAUAGAUCUUGGACUUGCAGGAGACCAUCAGCAGGUAAUACUGUACAACUUGGGGAAGACUUUUUAUAUCCGUUACCAUCUGACUCCGUUUCAAUGGCAUACAAUCUGCGUGAUAUGGGACGGUGUGAAGGGCAGAUUAGAGCUCUUCCUGAAUACAGAAAGGACACUGGUAAUGAUGGAUCGGCCACAAAACCUAAUGCCUAAUGGGACUCUGAUUCUAGGACAUUUUCUCCAGAACUGGGACACCCAGGUCAAAAGCACACUGCCUGCCUUCACUGGCAGCUUGUACUACUUUCAACUCUGGGACCACAUCCUGGAAAACGAGGAGUUGAGGAAGUGUUUGCAUGGAAACAUAGUUCGUUGGGAAGAAGAUGUUUGGCUCAUCAACAAGGUCAUCCCAACUGUUGACACGAGGCUGCGCUGCUUUGUUUCUGAAAAUAUAACAAUUCAAGAAAUAAGUACAACUCAUUCUCAACAAAGAGAUUUGACAGCUCCAUCCCAAGUUACUGGACUAAAACUGCAAGAGACAGAAUAUUCUUCUACAGUGAUGUUUAAAAGCAUGCCUGUGUUUGCAACUGAUUAUGCAACCAUAUCAUAUUCCAAUACAACAUCUCCACCUCUGGAAACAGUGACUGUCCCCACAGCUUCAAAGAUGUCCAUAGCAGAGACAGCUAGAUUCAUGGCAAACAUUUUGUCUACGUCUGUAUCUAACACUCUGCCUACCAAAAGUACCUCCACAGGCCCUACUACCAAUUCCAUGAAAAUAACUAAAUCCCCGUCAUCAGAGAGCACAAGGACAACAAAAAUGGCUGAAGCCAUUGCUACUGAGAUGUUUCAUCCGACCACAGCUACUAAUUUUUGGUACACGUCUGGAUUUACCAAGAAUUCAAUUAUACCCAAAACUUCAGUGACUGGAUCUCAGUCAGCCAUUAUGAAGACAACACAUUUAUUCUCACUUGUUGAGUCGACACCCGUAUCUACAACAUCUUGGCCCAAACAGAAAUCUACAGGUACUGAGGCACUUUCUAUCUUCACAGCUAGCCAGGAGGUUCUUGCAUCUACAAAUGCUGGAACAGAACCUUGGUCCACGGUGGAGCAGACCUCAGCUACAACGGCUGAUGUUGGGACUGUAUCAGCAUUCACACCUGGGUCUGUGCUCACCUCCACAGUUGCUCCAGUGCAUUCUGUAUUUCCUAGAAAUGAGACAGCAUCAACGCUAGCAAUAACUGACACAGAAAUAACAUCUACGUUUCAUUCAACACCGCUCCCAACGAGGCCUAUUGAGAUGACGCCUGUGCUAAGAACAGCUGAGGCAGAAUUGACAUCUACAGAUUUCCAGGACGUCUCUUCACCCAGAAUGGAGGAUACGAUAUCUACCUUCAUACCAGAAAAGGCCUCUUCUAUGGCCCUUUCUUUCAGUACAUCCUCUCCACUCACUAGAGCUCAGAAUGUACAGACAAUUAGUGAUGCUGAGACCACACAUACUCCUGGAGUCACACUUGCACCCACGGUGGCUGAAACUAUGCUUCCCCCCACAACACCUGGGCCAAUAUAUACCCAGAAUACACCCACAGAUGGUGGGAGCAUGCUUUCUUUGAAUUCCACUAGAUCAGCUUCCACAUUCAAGGCAUAUGAGUCUGGUCCCACAUCCAGAACUGGUGAUGGCGCCCACUUAUUCUCCACCAAUGAAACCAGUUGGACUUCUACGCCAGACCAGACCCUGCUGACAUUGGCGUUCCAUGGGAAUGCUUCUAAUGCAGAACAUUCAUCCACAACUACUACUAUUAUUAUCCCACAAGAAGCACCCUCAGAAAGUGAGGCUACCACUAUCGCCGAUGCUGUUAUUACUGCGGAUGCUCCUACAGACAGAUCUACAGCAGCUCUUUCCAAAUUGACCACUUCGUGGUUUAGUAACUUCUCCACAGUUUCAAGAACCACAUCUGUAAUCACACUGCCUGAGUUUAAACUUACCACCUUACUACUAAAAUCUACCCCUACGUCCACAGCAGCUGGAAGUGAGGUCCUUUCAACACCAAGGGAGACAACUGUGCCACCAGUAGAUAUAUCUACCACUGCUGACAUUGAACCACAGUUUUCUACUGAGGAGAGCACUUCUGAGACCAUACUAAUGGAGACAAAUGGUACAAUUGCACUUGGAGGGACAACAGCCCCCGUAACAGAGUCCGCAAAAACACAGAGAUGUGAUGCUACUGUGACAACGAAGGAAACAGCUUCCCAUUCUCUUGAGGGAAGAUCAACUAUAGCAGUGACAAUGGAGCUUUCUCCACUUGCAACAAUGCUGGAGGCAACAGAUGAAUCUGCACAAAUGGUAACAGCUUCUGUCACCAUUUCCCCUUUUCCUGGGAUAGAAAAGUUGAUUACCCCAUUGGAUAAUAAAACUACUGAGGUGAGAGGAAGUUGGCUUUCUACACAAUCGAUGAAAACCACACCUAAGAGUUCAUAUGAUGGAACCACAGAAAUCUCUAAUUCCAUCCACGCCUACACAGCACAUUGGACUUCAGAGGCUCCCCCUGAGGGGAAGCCAACUCCGUCUCCCAAUUCUGGGAGCACACAGAUAGUCCCUGAACCCCAGGGUGCUUCCACCACAAGGAUUUUGGGGAGCAGUGUUGCCACUGUCCCUAGAGUCAUGACAGCUAUGUCCUUGUCUGCUGGCAUCUUGCCUCCACAGCCUACAGCUACCCAUUCCCCAGCAGCCCCUGUGCCAUCAGCUCCUGUGACCACAGCAUUGGUGUCCCCUUUGGGUCAGACUCCUUCUGCCACCAGCGGUACCGGGCCUACACACAGACACUCCAUUCACUCCACUUCAGAAGCCAUAGUGAUCUCCGUCAGGAAGACACCCACAACAGGUCUCUCUCUGACAGAAACUCCAGUCCCCUCGUGGAGACCCUUCACUCCUGUGGCAACUAAGGCUGAGACCACCCGUCUCUUCGCCUCAGCUGACACAGUAACCCCAUUUACACCCACUCUUGUCUGCUCUAAAUCUCUCUCUGACAACAUUCCUGUUGUGUCCUCCACCCAUGUGACCUCAACAAUGUUUACACCAGUAAUGACCCAGCCUGUAUCUCAGGUGGAGGAGACUUCCACCCAUGCUCUUGGCUUUCCGUACACUCCCAGCAGUAGUGGGGGUGUUGUUAGCUUGGCUCCUACCACAACAGAAACCUCUGUUGUCAAUGGCAUCACAUCCUCACACAUCUCUACCCAAAAGCUUACUACUUCCGUAGACUAUCACGUUUCUCAAACGUCAACACAUCAUGGAAACACACUGGCCCCCACCCUAUUAGUGACUGAUGUUUCUACCUUAUCACCUGAAAAUGAGCAGAUGACCACAUCCCCGGGAAACACCUCUAGAGCUAUGGAGGUGACAGAAAUGUUCCCAUCAAAGAGUCCUUUUAUUUCAGACUCCCAGAGUACUUCACCCUUGGAAAUGACAGAUACAGAAUUUACUGAAAGCACAACAAUUUCCAGUCACCAAACACAUUCCCCUGCAGACCUCCCACUUGCAACUCAGCCUGACAGGAUUUCAGCUUCAUCUCCCACUGCUGGGAGUAUAAAGACUACAUCUACCUCUGUCUCAAGCCACACAGUAGAUGCUCACAUUCCAGAAAUGUCUACCAGUCUUGGAAGAACAGCUUUUCCUUCGCAAGCUCUGACAACUACCACAUUUUCAUCUCCUGAAAAAGGAAGCGUGAGUGCCUUUCCAGUGUAUACUCCCAGGACUGAGAAAAUGAUAGUAAGUGCCACCUCUGUGACUCCCUCUCUCUCACACCAUCAGGACACUUCAUUUGUAGAUACCAUAACUUCCAGGACAACCAGAAUAUCAAAUCCUGUAAACAUCAACACAACUGUUUCAAACUUGCUUUCCCCUAAGACUCUAACUGAGAUGACUUCAGUUGCUUUUCCCAAUUCUGAAAGCACACAGACCUCCCCUGAGUUCCUGUCAACUGGAUUAUCUAGUGCCAAUUUUACACUUGUCUCUACUGAUGGGAUCACUACAGCCCUUUCUGCUCCAAAUGCACCAAUGGCACUUCUUGAGAAAACCUCUAUGGCAACGUCCAUUCCUCUCUACCAGAUGUCCUCACUGCCAGUCAGUGUCACUGCCUUUGGCUCCAAAAGAGUUUCUGAAACUCCCAUAACACUAGUUACUAAAUCUUCUAAAACAGCACACCCAGAUUGUUUGAAAAGUCCCUCCACAGCCACUUCUGCGCCUAUGUCUGAGACGUCCUCAGUGUCAGUUAAUGGCUCUGCUUUGUCACCUCCAGCUCUCUCUUUUGACACUUCCACAACAGUUGGAUCAUUCUCUUCAUUGUCUUCAACUACCCCUAGGACUACUUUGACAAUAGCAACAUCUACACCGGAUGUCUCACCUAGGCCUACUUCAAAAAGCACACUGUUUUCCUCUGCUUUCAUUACUUCAAAAGUGACAGAGGUGUCCUCCAGAAUCACACCUACAAUCUUUUCCUCUCUGACAGAGUCAACUUUUCCCUCUGUGAAAACCGUCCCAACCACUAUUAUGGCGGGGAUAGCGUCUCCAUCUGUAGGCACCAUUGCCUCCUCUCUACGUAGUUCUAGGAACACUGAAGCUAUUUCUUCCAUCCCAAAGACCACAUUUUCACCAUUUCUAGCAACAGCCCAACAGUCAUCACAAAGUGAUGAGAAUGCAACUCUGGGCACAUUAUCUGGGACUUCCAAGGACUCCCUACCUCCUAGAAGCAGCAGUAGAGUAACAGCUCUCACAAAUACUUAUUCUGGAACUGAUGUCCUUGAAGGUGUGCUUUCAUCUACUCCAUCAGAUGAUCUCCAUACUUCCUUGAAUAUUCAGGUGUCGACAUCUUUGACUAGCUUUAAGAGCACUCCUGGACACACAACAAGUAUAAAAUCCACCGCUUACUUGUCUCCAAAUACAGAGAAGAUGACUUCCUUGUCAGAAAAUACUUCAACAGCUGAACUAACAAAAGGUGCCACCUCUGUGACCACUCCUAUUUCAUACCCUCCGUGGACUCCAUCCAUUGCAACUCCACUCUCUGUGACAUCAUUUCUUUUUUCAUCUCAUCGUACUGAAGCCAAAUUUUCUACUCCAAAGACUUUUCUUCCUCUUACAUCCCAAACGGUUGAAUUUCCAGUUCUGGGAACAAGAACCACACCUAGUAACACCCAGUCUCUGCUUAUGACUUCCUGGAACACACCCACAGCUAAAGGUUCUCAAUUUCCAAUAUUCACCAGUACUCAUAGACCUACACCCUAUGAGAUGGAAACUGAGAUUCCAUACCUUGAUCCUGGGUCUUUGUCAACAUUCACAGCCCCUCAGACUGGUCUCACAUCUGGAGAUGUUACAGCAAAUUCAUCAAUUUCCACAUCAGGAAUUCUUCCUACCCUGGGGAUGUCUGACAGCCCUUCAUCAUCAAUAUCUUUAAGAUCUUUCCCUAUCACUUUGGCUGAUAUUAAGCACACAUUUGAGAAAACAAGUACAUCUGUAACUCCUGGGACCACACUCCCAUCAAAACAUUCUGGUGCUACUUCAGGAUCUAUGCUUUCAAAGGCUAUUAGUUCACCCAUGCUUGCCUGGAUUUUAUUUACCCUCCCUUCGGGUUCUCCACUAGCAACUGUAUCCAGUACUCCUCAUGUUAUAACUUCAUCUACUGUUGACUUGUCAGAGUCCACAUUUCUGACUUCUGACCGGACAUCAACACAUUUGUUCACCAACUUUACAACACCACCCUUUGCUACCAUAAGCACUGCACUCACCAAAACCACUCCUACACCUGCAGUAGGCAGUAUCACUACUGGCUUCCCAACUUCUCUUCCUAUGUCUAUUAAAAUCACAGAAGACAGUAUACACAUUUCCAAAUCUCCUGAGGCAUCUUCCAGAACCACUGUGACCACCAACUCCAAGACUGUGUCUCAGCCUCUACCCUCUGGCAAAAUUAGUAGGUCACCUCCUGCAACCGACCACACCCUAUCUAUUAGUCCCAUGCUUCUGCCCAGCCCUGCAGGGACAUCUGCAUGGAACAGAAUCCCAGCUGCAUCAGUAUCCUCUACUUUAUUUCUUCCUAAGCCCACACUGGAUUCUCUUCCAAAUAUAACUGCCAAAACACCUGCUGCUACUGGAGCCUCAUUUUCACUCACAUCCGGGGGAGUAACACCCCUUUCUCCAACAGCUGUGCCUUCACUACUCUCUUCCUCUUCUGAGACAAUCUGGCUGGACUCCACACCUUCUUUUAUAUCUAUGGAAACAUCGACUUCACUUAUUGCCACUGAGUCCACAGUUUCCUUCUACAAUAUUGAAAUGAGCUUCUCUGUCUUUAAUGAAGAGCCAAGGAUCCCUAUUACCAGUGUUGUAAAUGAACUUGCAGAAGAUUGGUUGAUUUCUAUAUUUCAGGACAGUGAAUUUGCUCUUGCUAAACUGGCCAUUCAAAUUAAAAGCAGAGACACUUCUGAGGGAGAAAUAACCAUGGAUCGCAUUAUUUUGGAACAGAGAGAAGGGCAAGGCAUGUCUACAAUUUCCUAUGUACCAUACAGCUGUGUUUGUCAGGUCAUCCUAAAGGCCAACUCUCCUUUAGCAGCUGGCGAAUUGAUUAGCAGGAUCAAAAGGAAGAUACGUGGCAACCUCACACAUGGAAACUUCACCCAAGGUCAACUGAUGUUAGUGAAAUCGGAACACGUUGCAGUGGAAAAACUAGAGCCGGGAAGGUGUGAAGCCCAGGAAACAGUCUCUAAAUACAAAGGGACCUAUAAGUGGCUCCUAACAAACCCUACUGAGACAGCCCAAACUCAAUGUAUAAAGAAUAGAAAUGGAAAUGCUACGAGAGUCUGCUCAAUCAGUAUGGAGACUGGCAAAUCUCAGUGGGAAAAACCGAAGUUGAAACAGUGCAAACUGCUUCAAGGACUUCCUGAUAGGAUUGUGGAUCUUGCUAACAUUACUAUAAGUGAUGAGAAUGCAGGUGAUGUUGCAGAGCACAUUUUAAAUUUAAUAAGUGAAUCUCCAUCUCUGGAUGAAAACGAAACAAAGAUUAUUGUUUCUAAAGUAUCUGAUAUUUCACAAUGUCAUGAGAUUAGUAUGAAUCUAACCCAGAUUAUAUUACAAAUAAUCAGUGCUGUUUUGAGAAAGCAAAACAAUUCAGCGUCUGAUCUGCAUGAAGUGACAAAUGAAAUUCUGAGGAUAAUUGAGCGUGCUGGUCACAAGAUGGAGUUUUUGGGGAGGACAGCAAAUCUGACCGCAGCCACGUUGGCUUUGGCUGUCCUGCGCGUGGACCAUACAUUUGAAGGUAUGGCCUUCAGCGUUCGCUCCUAUGAAGAAGGUACAGACCCUCAGAUUUAUCUGAGUGAAGUCCCUCUGGGAAGGAUUUUGGCUUCCAUAUAUCUGCCUAAAUCACUGAAGGAGAGAAUUCCGCUUAGCAACUUACACACCAUAUUGUUUAACUUUUUUGGCCAAACUUCACUCUUUAAGGCCAAAAAUGUCACUAAAGCAUUAACCACCUUUGUUGUGAGUGCCAGCAUUUCAGAUACAUCCAUUCAAAACUUGGCUGAUCCAGUGGUUAUUACUCUGCAGCAUGUUGGAGGAAACCAGAAUUAUGAUCAAGUUCACUGUGCCUUUUGGGACUUUGCAAGUCACAAUGGGCAAGGUGGAUGGAAUUCGUCAGGCUGCAAAGUAAAGGAAACAAACGUAAAUCACACAAUCUGUCAGUGUGACCACCUCACCCAUUUUGGAGUCUUAAUGGAUUUAUCCAGGUCUGCAGUGGAUGCAGUGAAUGAACGAAUAUUAGUGCUUAUAACAUACGUUGGAUGUGGAAUCUCCUCCAUUUUCCUGGGAGUUGCAAUGGUGACAUACAUAGCUUUUCACAACCUUCGAAAAGAUCAUCCUUCCAAAAUCCUGAUCAAUCUGUGCACAGCACUACUGAUGCUGAACCUGGCGUUUCUGGUCAAUUCCUGGUCUGCAUCAUUUCAGAAGGCGGGACUGUGUAUCACAGCUGCAGUGGUGCUCCAUUACUUCCUGCUCGUUUCUUUGACUUGGAUGGGUCUGGAGGGGGUCCACAUGUAUGUCUCUCUGGUCCGAGUCUUCAACAUCUACGUUCCCAAUUAUAUCCUUAAAUUUUGCCUAGUUGGUUGGGGAAUCCCAGGGAUCAUGGUGACAAUCACACUCAGCGUGAAAAAAGAUCUGUAUGGACCUCUAAGCUCAACGACUCCAUUUUGUUGGAUUAAGGAUGAUUCUAUCUUUUAUGCCUCAGUUGUGGCGUACUUUUGCCUCAUAUUUCUAAUGAAUCUCUCCAUGUUCUGCACUGUUCUCGCUCAACUGAAUUCCGUGAACUCCCAAAUUCAGAGGACCCGGCGGAGGAUGAUCUUGGGUGACCUCAAAGGCACAACAAGCCUGACGUUUUUACUUGGCCUCACCUGGGGGUUUGCCUUUUUUGCCUGGGGACCUGUGAGGAUCUUUUUCUUAUAUCUUUUUGCCAUCUUCAACACGUUGCAAGGAUUCCUCAUUUUCGUGUUCUACUGCAUGAUGAAGGAGAGUGUGCGGGAGCAGUGGAAGAUACACCUCUGCUGUGGGUGGUUACGACUGGAUAACUCUUCUGAUGGGGACAGCAGGUGUGGGCUAAACGUUGGGCACAAACAAGAGAGACUGAAGAAAACCUUCCAGCACAAAGUGUUGACACCAUCCUUCAAGUCAACUGCAACAAGUUCUACUUUCAAGUCUUUAGGCUCUGUGCAGUGCACUCCUUCAGAAAUAAGCUUCCCAAAUGGUGACUUUGAUGAAGAUCCCUAGUGUUUCUUUCCCUUGGGCUGUAAGUUGUGUCUAAUUAUGUGAACAGAAUAUU